GUGAUGGACCAUAAAUAUUCAUAGUCUCUCAUGCCAUUUCCAAAUCUUCUUCAAGAAAGUCAAGCGAACCAAAUCCAGAAGAUAAACAGAGGCGGAGCAAUGGAAGUUUUUUAUCUCCUCCUCUCCAUCUUAUCAACUUCAUUCACUUCCUUCACUCUCUCAGUCCUCCUCCUCCUCCGCAGUCUCCUCACGCGCCUCCUCUUCCGCACUCCACCUCCCUCAGACUCCGUCUCCGUCUACCAAGGCACCGUCUGGCAUGAGCGCCGCCACCCCGUUCGCCACGCAUUUCGUUACUCCGUUAGUUACGCUCUGUUUGACCUCGAUAGCUCUGCUUCUUCACCAGCUGACCACCUCUCCGGUGAUGAUGCUCGCCGUAUUGCAGACACCGGCGGACCAGUAUUUUUGUUGACUAUUCCUCCAAGCGUCGGCUAUGACCAAAAUCCGUUGAGUUUGUAUUAUUGUUAUGACUUAGAAGAGAAUUUGGUCAAGUGCAUUGCUGAGGUAACGAAUACGCCGUGGGGAGAAAGGGUCACAUUUGUUUUCGAUCCGAACUCAGACAUUGUGGCAAAACCAUUGCACGUCAGCCCUUUUAUGGAUAUGUUGGGAAGUUGGCACAUAAAAGCAAAUGCUCCAGGGGACAAUUUAUUUGUGAAUAUUUCAGUUCAGCACCCUGAGUUUGGUGACUAUUUUGUGGCUACAUUGAAAGCUAAGAAAAUCCCUUCAUUCUUGGUGUCAGAUCAUGCUUUCUACUUCUGGUUGAUGCCCCAUAAAGUUGCGCUAUGGAUAUAUUGGCAUGCUGUCAAACUAUGGUGGAAAAAUGUACAGUUCAUCCAACAUCCAAGGUAUAGUAACCCUAAAUACAGGGAAGACGCGAUACUACGUGAUCAAAAGCUUCAGUGUUGUCGAGCACCGGCAGCAGACAAGGACAAACCUUCACAAAUUGAUGAGCUUUGCCCAGCAAAUUUCGCUGACACAGAUAACGGGGAACGUCAGUUCAAGUGGAGAGAUGCUAAGUGGCCUUGGUGUUGAUUAUAAGGGUUUUUUCUUCAGGAAUAACAGGAUCCCUUUGGUAAUAUACCAUGGAAAUAGGAGGAGCUUACUCUCUGUAUUUACCUUUUGCAACAAUAAUCAAGCACCAGCUCAAGGGAUCGCAUGUGGAUUCACAUACAGUGUAUUUGUAUAAUCAUUAUUUUCUAGAAAUGAAAAUUCUGCUAAUAAGUAGUGCUUAAUUAAAUGUAUAAAUCUACCGCGCAGCGUAAGGGUUAAAACGAAAACAAUUUGCAAAAGAAUAAGGAGUUUUAUAGAAUA